AUGGGAGCCGCACGGACGAAGACGGUCAAAAACAAGCACGCCACUCGUGGCUCUGGCAUCAAAAACAGCAAGGCCGCCAGCAGGAUCGAGAAUGACCCCGUCGUCAAAGCGAAGAAGGUCAAGGAUGGCAGGAAGGCGCCCGUGAAACCGGGCCAGCUCGCCAAGGAGCUGCAGAAGAAGCGCAAGAAGAAGGUCUACAGCGAGAAGGAGCUCGACAUACCAGCGCUGAACAUGGUGACGCCCAUCGGCGUGGAGAAGCCCAAGGGCAAGAAGAAGGGCAAGGUCUUUGUCGAUGACCGGGAGAGCAUGAACACGAUUCUAUCCAUAGUCCAGGCCGAGAAGGACGGCCAGAUCGAGUCCAAGAUGAUGAAGGCGCGGCACAUGGAGGCCAUCCGCGAGGCACGCAAGCAGGAGACCGAGAAGAAGGCGGCGGAGCGGAAGCAAAAGCUGGACGAAACCAAGGAUUCGCUGCGCAAGAAGCGCAAGAGGCCGGAGCGCUCCGAGGCGGACGACGACAAGGCCAACGAGAGGUCCAUGAGGCACGUCGAGCUUCAGGGCACCAAGGCCGUCAAGCCGAAGAAGAAGAAGCGCGUGUCUUUUAUCGAGUGA